AUGGUGCCCGCGGCCCCAGUGCUCUUCUGCCUCCUGCUCCUCGCCCUGGAGCUGCGGCCCCGGGGGGAGGCGGCCGAGGGCCCGGCGGCCGGCGGGGAGCGCGGGACCCAGGCGUCCGAGGAGCCGGAGGGCUGCCCGGUGUGCGUGUGGCGCCAGCACAGCAAGGAGCUGAGACUGGAGAGCAUCAAGUCGCAGAUCCUGAGCAAACUGAGGCUCAAGGAAGCGCCCAACAUCAGCCGCGAGGUAGUGAAGCAGCUCCUGCCCAAGGCGCCCCCCCUGCAGGAGAUACUGGACCUACACGACUUCCAAGGCGACGCGCUGCAGCCCGAGGACUUCCUGGAGGAGGACGAGUACCACGCCACCACGGAGACAGUCAUCAGCAUGGCCCAGGAAACGGACCCUGCCGUGCAGACAGAUGGCAGCCCCCAUUGUUGCCACUUCCACUUCAGCCCCAAAGUGAUGUUCACAAAGGUGCUGAAGGCCCAGCUGUGGGUGUACUUGAGGCCAGUACCACGCCCUGCCACCGUCUACCUGCAAAUCCUUCGUCUCAAGCCCCUCGGUGGGGAAGGAACUGCGGGAAGUGGGGGUGGAGGGCGACGCCACAUCCGGAUCCGAUCCCUCAAGAUCGAGUUGCACUCAAGAUCUGGCCACUGGCAGAGCAUUGACUUCAAGCAGGUGCUGCACAGUUGGUUCCGCCAGCCACAAAGUAACUGGGGCAUUGAGAUCAACGCUUUCGAUCCCAGUGGCACUGACCUGGCUGUUACCUCCCUGGGGCCAGGGGCUGAAGGGCUGCACCCAUUCAUGGAGCUUCACGUGCUGGAGAAUACAAAACGAUCCAGGAGGAAUCUUGGCCUCGACUGUGAUGAGCACUCAAGUGAGUCCCGCUGCUGCCGAUACCCGCUCACCGUGGACUUUGAGGCCUUCGGCUGGGACUGGAUCAUCGCGCCCAAACGCUACAAGGCCAACUACUGUUCUGGCCAGUGCGAGUAUAUGUUCAUGCAGAAGUACCCACAUACCCACCUGGUGCAGCAGGCUAAUCCCCGAGGCUCAGCUGGGCCUUGUUGUACUCCCACCAAAAUGUCCCCCAUCAACAUGCUCUAUUUUAACGAUAAGCAGCAGAUUAUCUACGGCAAGAUCCCCGGCAUGGUGGUGGAUCGCUGUGGCUGCUCUUAAGGUGGGGGAUGAGGACCCUCUCCCCCACAAACCCCACCCUGGAUCCCCAGCCCUGAUCCCCCUCCUACCCAGGCCCUAGAGCUCCCCCCUCCAACCCCUCUUAAACAAAAUGUCCUAUUCCCCAUCCCACCCCAAGCAGUGUGCAAUACAA